CCCCUUGUUAGCUUCGCCUCUCUUUCAAAAACUCUCUCUCUCUCUAAACUCUAAACUCUGUGUUUGUGUAUUGGUCCGAGAAUAGAAGAGAAGAGAAAGGAAAAAUGAGUGGUACAAUGGAGUCGAUUUCGUUCUUAAACCCUAACCCUAGCUACAGGUCGAAGAAGUCUUCGUUGGUACAGUCUUCACGCUUCGAUUCACUCCUCAGGCAUCGCACUCGCACCUACAAUUACAAUUACAAGCUCUCUCUUUUGCCCAAACCUGUUUCCGUUUCUUCCAAUGGGGUUUCCUCUCGUUUUCUUUCUCGGAACCCACCUCGCAGAUUCAUUGUAGCUUCCUCUGCUUCACACGAGGAUUCGAAGAGUCAAGAAAUUGAAGUGGAGAAGGGAAAAGAUGAUCAUAAUUUGGGAGCUGAAGAUUCACAAGAAGUUUGGAAAGAGCUUCUAGAAUCUUUCAAAGAACAAGCCUUGAAGAUGCAAAGCGUUUCACAGGAAGCAUACGAGUUAUACUCUAAGAAAGCAGUAGUCAUCCUAAAAGAAACUUCUGAACAGUUGAAAAUACAGGCAGACAAGGCAAGAGAUGAUUUGAUUGAGAUAGCAAACGAAAUUAGUGAAGAAGGCAAAGUGUAUAUCUCCACAGCUGCUGAGAACUCCCCAGAACCAGUCAAGGAUAUAGUGGAGACAUUUAAUAUGCCAACUGAAGAUCUGAAAGAAAUUUCUAGAGUUCAUGACUUCCGCGUUGGGAUUCCCUAUGGUCUGCUCCUUUCUGUUGGUGGCUUUCUUUCCUUCAUGCUAACGGGAAACAUUGCUGCCAUUAGAUUUGGUGUUAUCCUUGGUGGCACUCUUUUGGCUUUGAGCGUUUCAAGUUUAAAAUCAUAUAAAAGAGGAGAAUCAUUUCCUCUAGCCUUGAAAGGACAGGCGGCAAUUGCAAGUAUAAUAUUUUUGCGGGAGUUAAGCCAGCUGUCUCAGGCUCCAUCAUUUCUGAGCUUCAUUUCAACAGUCAUCAGUGGUGCAGUGGUAGCAUUCUUUAUCUAUAGGAUCAUACUGGAUCGUAAAAAGCACAGAGGCUCAAAUUUGGAAAACCAGACAGAAAAUUAGUUCAUUUGUGUAAGUAGCAGGAAUUUCCAAGCUGGAUCAAGAUUUACAGAUACAAGUUUUACUGAACUACAACAGCUUCAGGAGGACACACCAAUUAAGAUCUGAGGCGUUAUUGUUCAUUGAGGUUGAAGAAUGCUUGCCUGAGGCAAAAGAGAAUCUGGGCUCUCGUUGGAUUCAGUUUUAGUUUUGUAUUUUAUCUAUUUAUUAGGAAAUAAUAUAGAUGUUACUAUAAUGUGGUGUACGUGCUCUGUUCAGUUUGGGAGAUGCUACAAAGUGAUUUGAUUUUCUUCAUCUUUUACCUUAUCUUUUUGACAACCUAUUUGUUUCUAUAAAUUAACGCAUAGUUCUACU